AUGCGGUCAUAAGAAAAGAAAGGUGUUUCUAGUCUGGAAUCUCUGAAUCCUUCCUGUUUAAAGGCUGAACGAGGCCGUUUUUUUGUGCAAAGUUUCGUGCCUCCAAUUCUACUUUUAAACCUCAAGUGGUUGACUGAAACUGGCGUAAAAGCUGAAAUGACUGUGCAACUGGAAAUUAUUUCGUAAUGUUGGUGAGGAAAUAGCUUCGAGAGCAUCUUUUACAGUAAUAAUUUUCACCAGGCUAGAACCGAAUAUUUUGUUUCAUUGAUGUUGUUACAUUGAUGUUAAACAGAAAAUGACGCAUUAAACAGCAUAGUGUUGACUGGACUCUCAAGACAGAGACAUAUCAAGCUACCUAAUGUUUUGGUUAACUUUAUCACUGGUGGUUUUCUGGUGUCACUCGACCAAAGGUAAACUAUUUUAAGCUAAUAGCGUUGAUGAAAUCCCGCUUGAGCUUUCCUUAAAAAAAAAAAAAGAUUCAAAGCGAAUCAUAUGUUCCAAGUAUUAUUUUUGGAGCAUAACCAAGUCUCCACUUACCGCUGGAAAAAGAAAAGAGACGAAAGUUUAAUAAGGAAAAUGAUGAAUCGUUUGCAGUAGCUCAAAGAUUUUGGCCAGUCUAUAAGAAAGAUUAUUUUUCUCAGAUGACGAUAAGUAGUCGCCUUUGCUCGAAACAGUCAAGCAAAGGUAGGUUUGCAUUUUAAAGCUGAGAAAUCAUGGCUGCCAUACAUGUAUGCUAUAUAUCAUGGGAGACUCAAUUUAUAUACAUUGAAGAUAAGACUAUAUACGGCUAACUAAGAAUACAAUUCCGAGUUUUAAAUUUGAUGUUGCGUGCAAACACCAUAACGCAAAAAUAUACAGCCUUGUAUUUUCUGCUCCUGAGUCACCUUCCCUUUUUUUUAUUCUAUUACCUUAUAGCCUUUUUGUAUUGUUUUUAGGAAAAGUUUCAUGGCCAACCGGUAAAUAUGGCCUUCCUAUGCCCAAAGCGGGAUGCCCGAAUAAUUGGUUCGAAGGUCGAAGAUUUCACGAUGAUAAAACUGGUAACCUGGUCGACCGAGAAGCCUAUAAUAACCUACACUUGGCUGGCUGGAUUACUAAGGAAGGUAUGCGUAGGUUAAAUUAAUUUCUCACUGGCACUGCUCAACGUGUUAGAUCGGUUCUUGCAGCCACAAGCUGGUAAGACAAAAACACGCAGUAGCUGCCGAUCAUGGAAAAGGAAGAUGUGAAAACGAUAGAUGCCGUGCAAAGCCUUAGAAAUAGCGCAGUAAGACGGCGGUAAGGGGAUUUGUAAGCGACAGUAACCUGCCGGUAACUGGUCCUAAUUGAAACCCCUCCAGUUUACAUGGGGGAAGGUAAAAAAGUAAAACUCCUUAUUUUUGUAUAUUUAAGAUCAAAAUCGUGAACUUUAGUUAUCUUUCCCUCGGGAGACCAAUUGGCAUUCGUGGCGAUGACACACCUUUAGACUCUCUUUCUAAUCGAGAAUCGAUGAUAAGAUCGAUGAAAUGAUGAAAGGAGUGUGUAAUAAGAUGGUCACGUUACGGAUGGCACAAGUUCGCAUUAAAAAUUAUUUGAUGCUGCUUCCGGCCUCGAAUGCAGUUUUCCUUGAAAAUCUAACGAUGGAGAAAUUCCCACCCAGAAGAUACGUUGCAUACUGUCAAGAACUAUUCCGCAAGCUUGGAUCAUACUUUUUUUUAGUAUUUUUAUUACUUUGCUAAAGGUAUUGAACAAGACUUUUGUAUCAAGACAAGUACUGACAAGACACAGGAUUGGCCAGCCGGAAGAUACUGUAUUUUAAAACACGAUUCUUGUCCAGUUGGAUUCGCGGAUGGGUAAAUAACCAUUAUGUCGUCUUUGAUAUCAUUGGGGCACUAGAUAUAUUUUAAAAGCUACAAUUUUGUAAAGAGAGUUCCUCUCAGGCUUCCAAAUGAAAGCAAUUGCAGAUUUUUGCUGGUUAAUUGGAUGGUAAUUCAUAAUUGUUUUUUAUCAAUUUAAUUAAUUUAUUUUUGUUCGGCGUGUUUUUAUUUAAAUUUACAGCUCCGUCCUUUGGCGUCCAAAAUCUUCCAGCUUCCAAGACGCAACUGUCAAUGGGAAAAAGUUAAAAGAAAGAACAGUUAACUACUGUUGUAGUACCAGAGGUGAAAGUUAUUCUACCCCUUUUAAAAUUAAAAUCUUAACCAAACGUGAAGGUGGAUAUAGUUUAAAAUAAGCAACAUUAUUUCGCGAACUUUCUUUACGCGUAGACUUUCCAUUCGGCUAUCAUCUAAAUUUACACCAAAACAUUUUAGUAACACGUUUCAACACUAACUCAAGAAGGGUUUCAGUCCACGACAAACUUUUUUGACAACUAACAUCCACGUACCCACGUUCCCAGUUAGAUUGAAGUUUGUGGUGAACUGCAGUUUGCUACAAUACUAGUGGGUCCCUUCCCCCAUUCUAUGGUUGCACAAUCACAGAAAACAAAAUGCCACAUCGUACACGAGUAAAUAGAUGAAACAAAAAGUUUUAGGGAUGAAACUGGUAUGCUAUUCCCAAAUAUUGCGAUCUCAGUGGUGAUGUGUCGACCGUUUUGUCGCUGAUUGUAGCGUAGGAAAGACCAUGCAGGAGACUAAGGUUGACUCUCGCUAUUCUCUAUCAAUUGUAACAAAGUUUUGGUGGAUCCGGCUCAAGUUACGAUCCCUUGAUGUUUCAGCCUUGUAGUAAACAUUGUAAGUCCUCACAUACCUCGUUAGAUCUUUUAAUUUCGAGCCUUUGUAACUCUCCCUCCUACAGGUGAAAUUAACAGUUCUAUUUCGCUUCCCCUCGACAAGCCUUUCUACUUGUACUCCCAAAGUGGCGAAAAUUGUCAGCAAGUCAAAGGUGCAACACUAAAAGAGGAAAGUGUUAAUUUCGAUAAGAACGUUGGCAGAUAUGAAGUAAGCAUCGAGGGUAAAAAUCCAUUCCAAGUGGACAAGCAUGGAUCACAGAUGAAACUAACAUAUUGCUAUUAUACUCCAGGUGAGCAUAUCUGCCAGAUCAAUAUCAGUAUCUGGGCAACUGCUCACCUACCCCUCCCCUAACUCAACAACAGUCAAUUGACAACAAGUUGAGGUUAAUAUUGAGUUAGGGGAGGGGUAGGUGGGCAGUUGCCCAGAUACUGAUAUUGAUCCUAUCUGCCUGUGUCCACCUUUAUAAAUAAAUUACGUUAGAUACAUACAUUCGUGGUUACAGUGGUAGGAAUCAGAUUUCUGUUUCUGAAACCCGGUCGAUAAGAAUAUAGCAGAGUUGACUUCCUUCUAAUCCGAUCGAUCGGUUACCUGAAGUUCAUCGGAAGAAUUCUUCAAGGAAAGAAAUUUCGACCAAUUUUUUCUAUUACCAAUUGCUGGUCAGGAAAACGUUUUGUGUCUCCCCAUUUACUUAAUUUCACACGCUCGAAAUAAUUUCAGAUCUGCAUGUUAAAGAAAGCACACCACGGAUGAUAAACAUAAUACAUAUAUCUUAUUAGUUGUUUUGGUGUGUAGUAUCACUAAGUAUUUUCGCGAAUUGUGCCGUAUUUUGACGAGCCCGUAGUGCGAGUCAAAAUACAAACUACAAGUAAAAAUACUCAGCGAUACUACACACCAAAACGUCCAAUAAGUUAUUUAUUAUCCAACUUUUUUUUCUGCUAGGUCUUUCUGCUAAUUUCUCAUAAGGCAGGAAAGGCAAAGCAGAAGGAGAAGCGUAGCGCGCGCAGCUGACCGGUCAAACUGGUCUUCUUACAGUACAAAAUAAUCAACUAUCCAAAUAACCGUACACUGAACGUCGUACUAUUUGUACUCUAUGCGCGCGUUAUUUGAACUCUACUUUGUGCAGUUGGAUAAUAAAAUCCAAAUAAUAAACACCUUUUACUCAUUCAAUAGAUUAGCUAUCCCUUCUUCCAUGAGGGUCUGCAAACUUAGUAAUUCUCUUCACCCCGGCCUCUCCGAAAUUUAUUUUGGUAAUUGGGUUCUAAUCUGUAAUUAUUUAUAAAAUGGCCUUAAAAUGCUUAUUGGUAAGAGCUUAGCUUUUACCUCGGCAUUGCGCGCUACUCAUUUUUAGAACUUUUGCAGCUCUCGACUUCUCUUCUUCUUUUAAGGUGGAGCUAUAGCAAUCCCAGAGAGCCAAGAGGUCGAGAAAACGCUUUUCACUGGCGUAAGUAUUUUUUUUAAUGCUCUUCGGGGUCAUUUCUGCUUUACCUUUAUCGCAAGUUGAAUACAAUUCAGUUUUAUAUUCAUUUCAGUCUGCAUUGGACAAUAGCACCCAGUCCUCUGGCCUCGCUGUCGCUAUAGGUAUUGGGAUUGCAUGCGCAAUGGUGGGUACAGCGUCCAUUGCGUUGGUAACGAAAAAACUGUUCAGGAAAAAGACAGAUGGUGAUGAUGACGAUGACGAGCCAAGACCUGACGAUCCAUGAACGCAGUGAUCAACUCUUACCUUAAAUGGCUAUGCCAUAAAUAUUUAGUAGUUUUUUUGGAAACAUUUGUAAUAACCAUUGAUGACAAUCGCCAAAAAUGUAUGAAGCCUGGAGCAAGAGCUUAUUGUGAGAGUAAUGAAAUGAAAAAGACUUUGUAAGUGAUGGACGCCUGGACCACCAAAGAGAAAAUCAGGAGGUGUUUUUUUUCUUCUGUUUCCUCCGUUCUUUAUUUGUCACAAUACAAAAGAAAACUUUCAUCGGAGAACUGCUUUUCCCAUUCUUUUUGUUCCUUCAUUUUUUUUUAAAUUCAAACACUUUCUUAAGAAACCUUAGUGCACAAGUGUCACAGGUAAGAAUUACCUUGAGAGUGGAGAUGUGUUUGACAUCGUCUCUGCUUAUAAGAAGCGAAAUGCAUGAUUUCGCCAAUUUUUUUCUUAAAGAAAAAUAAUUAAAUAUGGUAUAAAAGUCAGAAAAAGCUUCAAUAAUUAAUUAGCUGGAAAUUAAAACUUCCUCUAAAAAUGAAGCUGACGCCACGAGUCGGAUGAUUAAAAUUUAAAUUGAAAACCGACAGUGACAUUGGCAAACUAUGAUAUUUUAAAUGCGAUCAUGAUUUAAAAUUCUUGUUAUUUAAAAGUGUUCACAUCAUAAACUUAGUAUUAUAUUCGUGAGAGUGAGCAAAAAUACAAUUAUGCCGUUGGUUUUUACAUUUCUUUAUCUGCGCAUGAGAGAAAUGCUGUUGAUUGCAAAAAAUGAUUGUUUGUGUAAACCACUGUUUUAGAACUCUGUCAACGGCAGUCAAAUCACUUCGUCGUUUAUCACUACUGAAACAUUUACAUACACGAAAAAUUUGUCCUUUGGCGGCCCGCUUUAGUUCUUUUAUCCUCCAAAAGUAGAUCACAGAAUGAAUGCAGGAGCUCCCUCCCAAUAAAAAUUAUUAACGUCAUGGCGCGGCCUCUCUUGUUGUUAGAUGUUCUUAUUGAAAGGCUGAAAGGCAAAUAGCAAAGUACAAAAGCUGC